CUGUUGCAGCGCCAGUAGGGGAAGGAGCAGCUUGGGCCUUGUGCUCUACCAGCAGGCGCCUGCGGUGGUCCUGCCCCACCGCCGUAGCAGCCUUUCGUUGAUAAUUCAACAGCAGAAGCGACAUCAUUCAGCUGAGCUGCCACUUUUUGUGACGCCAACACCAUUCUCAACGGCAACGAAUCCACCAUCCGCAUCAACAUCGACAUCGACAUUGACACCGACACCGACUGCAAAACCAUCGUCUCGUCGGCAGCCGCCUUGCUGUCUACUCGCUACUGCCAUUCCUCUUCGCAAGCCCAGCGCCAUGGCUUCGGCCUACAGCGCGUUCCAUGGCGCCGCCGCGGCCUCCAACUUUACCAUCACCGCUCUGGGCCGCUGGUCUGUCCUCAACAGCGCAUUGCCUGCCGUCGAGGAUAUCAAGUCGCUCCAUGUCUACGACUUCGACAAUACCUUGUUCAAGACACCACUCCCGAACCCAUCGCUUUGGAACGGCCCGACCAUUGGAACAUUAUCGAGCCAGGAUGUCUUCGUCAAUGGCGGCUGGUGGCACGAUAACCGAAUUCUUAGUGCGACCGGCGAGGGUGUUGACAAGGAGGAGGAGCGCGCCUGGGAUGGAUGGUGGAAUGACAAAAUCGUUGACCUCGUCAGAUUGAGCAUCAAACAAAAGGAUGCUCUCUGCAUUCUCCUGACUGGUCGCUCUGAGAAGGGCUACGCCGACUUGGUCCGGAAGAUGGUCAAGGCCAAGCACCUCGACUUUGACAUGGUCGGUCUGAAGCCCCAGGUCAGCCCCUCGAACCAGCGAUUUCAGAACACCAUGCACUUCAAGCAACUAUUCCUCGAGGCUCUAAUGGAAACAUAUAAGUCCGCAGAGGAAAUCCGCGUGUAUGAGGACCGGCCCAAGCAUACCAAGCUCUUCCGCGACUUCUUCGCCGAGUACAACCGGAGACAAAACACCAUGCCCACCCGAGGCCCAUUGACGGCAGAGGUGGUUCAGGUCGCCGACGCUACGGCGUCUCUAGACCCUGUGGUCGAGGUCGCUGAGGUCCAGCACAUGAUCAACAUUCACAAUGACACGGUGACCAAGCAACCCUCGUCUACCAAACGCCAGAACAAGCUCAGGAUUAAGAAGACUGUCUUCUUCACGGGCUACAUGAUCAACCCAGAGGAUACCAAGAAGCUCAUCAAGCUUGCCCAAAUACCUCCGAACCUGCCACAGAAUGAGCUCAAAUACCACGGAAACAACAUUCUCAUAUGUCCUCGCCCCUGUCCCGCUAGUAUCCUGGAAAAGGUUGGCGGUAUGAACAACAAAAUGAAGUGGGAAGUUACGGGCACAGCUUGCUUUGAAAAUAGUAUAUGGGCUGCUUGCCUGCGACCAGUUCCUGCAACUGCCAAAUUCCACACGGACAACCCUAGUCCUCUUGUGGUGUUGGCGCUGAGGAAAGGAGCUCGACCCAUCGAUGCCGGCAAGAUACAAAACUGGCAACCUCUUCCAGCAGAUAAAUCCUUCAUCUUCGAGACUGUCGUUGGCGAAAAGGUCAUUCUCCGCAUCGAGGCCGAGGACCCUCGGGAAGACGCUUACGAGAGCCUAUUCGCCAAUAAGUCGUCCAAGCGCAAGCACAACGGCGAAGACGACUGGAACCAACGAAACGUCCAUGGCCACUACAGUGGUCGAAACGAGUCCAGGGGGUAUCACUCUGGUGGCCGCGGCGGCUCAGGUCAAGGGCGGGGCCGUGGCGGCAACGCCAACCGAGGAUUCCGGAAUGCCUCGAGGGGAAACAGCAAGGGAGGCCGUGGACGAGGGGGUGGCUACAACUACCGAUCUCUCGACGAUGUUGAGCCCAGAAACCAGCAAGGUGGAUAUGGCCCUCAGGUUGAUUAUGAUGAUGCCUACCAACCACCAAGCCAGUCUCAAGCUCCACCGUCUGCCCCAACAGGCCCCAGCCAGGGGUGGAAUACCCAGCCUCCCCGAGGUCCAUCAGCUCAGCAAGGACGACCUAUGGGAGGGUACGGGGGCAACAACAACUCAGACCUACAGAAUUACUAUUAGCGCUAGUAUGCACCCUCAUAAAGGGUGUCUUUUUUACGCCUGGUUUUUGGGAGCAUGCAAUAUCUUGAUCUUCGUUUUAUCUCGACUCACAACGCAUGGAAGGUUUGACGGGCAUCAUUCGAUGCGGUGCGCCGUGGUCAAGCUGGGGAUUCAUUCGGGUUCAUGUCUGACACAGUCUGAUAUUCGUGGAGUAUCCUGGCGAUAAUGGGCGGGGCGUCUAGGGGGUAGUGGAAAUGAUACCUAACGGAAUGCAAACGGAUACUUUUACUUUGACUCUCGAGUCUGUCAAAGAAGGGCUGCACAGAUUGUUCACGCCAGGGAUUCA